UUUAGCUUCACUUGUAUUUUUUUAUCUAAUUUUUAUGUCACUGGGUGUAUUUUGUGGAUGAAUAUCUUGAUGUUUAUGUUUGAGUAAACAGUGUUUCCGAUUAUGAGUUAUUUCAUGGUGAAUAAGAUUCUAAGUGAUUCAAGGAAUUAAAAUCAAUAACAAUCAGUGGUUAACAAAGCUAAUACUUGCAGUUACCAAGAUGAAUAAUUAUGAAGCAGAAAGAGCGAUGAAUCAAAAACGUUUACGAAUGGAGGGUGAACCAGGACACAGCGUUGUCCAGGGAAACGGUUUGCCGCUAAAUUACAUUGACAAUGGUCAUCAAAUACCAUAUCAACCAUAUGCCGGAGCUUAUAACACGCAUUAUCCACCGCCCGAUGCAUUUGCAGCAUAUGGACCGCCACCCCCUGGAGGAUAUGCCCCUCAAAACUUGUCAUAUGCGCCACCAGCUCAUCAGAACUAUGCACACCAUCAAAGCUUUCCAUCACAACAACAAGCUCAACUGCAUAUGGCACAAACACAUAUGGUUCAAGGUUAUGCAGAUGUAGGUGUUCACAAACCAACCUGGCCGCCACAACCUCAUCUUCUGCCCCCACUUGACACACACAAACCACUUGAUAUUAAACAGCUGAAGCCCGAAAUUAAAUUGGAACCAUCCGACUCACAGAAAAGACAACAUCAAGAGAAUGAAAUGAUGUCAGGCGACCUGGAUCAGCCGAAAAUAAAAAUUAAAACAGACAUUUUCAAACCAGAUGACAUAGCUCUAAGAGUGGAUGACAAACCCAAUGAUGCCAUAAUAAAACCACAAGACAUUCAGAAGUCAUCGGAACACAUAAUUAUUUCAAAAGAUGAGUCCCAAAAGCACACACGAAUGGAAGGAGAUAAACCUAUGGAAGCUGCCAAGGAGUGUACAUUAGAAGCACGGGGGGAUGGUCGGCCGCCGGAUAUCAUUGGUACACCAGUGAAACUUGAUGAAGAUAGAAAACAACAAUUUGGCAGCCCUGAUUCAAACAGAUCAAGUAUCACACCUGGAAAACUAUCCACUCCUGGCUUAGAGCCAAAAAAGCGCGGUCGACCGAAGGGCUCUACUAAUAAACCAAAGCCAUCAUUUCCUCCGUUGGGUGGAGCGGGCCCCGUGUCAACCCCGCCCGUGAGGCCCCCCAGUGUGGGGCCCCGCCCAACCCCUCCGGGCAGACCCCGAGCUCCCGCCUACCAGUACAACGUGAGGCCAUUCCGAAAAGAUUUCUCUGGAAUACAAUUCAGGAGGCGAUGGUCCGACGACUGCCUCGACUCGUCACACAUCCCCAACGAGGUGUACUUCGGCGACGUGCCUGUGCCGCUGUCCGUACUCUACAACUACUACGACGCAAACGCCGAGCGGGAGAAGCUCGCGACUCAGGCGGCGCAGAUUGCGGCGCAAAAAGCAGCCGCCGCCAAACUGGCUGCCGCCAAACUUAAGGGAGUCGUUUCCGGAGAGGUUACGACGGUGGACUCAUCGUCUGAUGAUGAAUCAUCAGGCUCAUCCGGCAGUGGAAGUGAAGGUAGUGAUGAGGAUACACCAGUAAAGCGAGGUCCGGGGCGACCCAAAGGCUCCAAGAACACGGCAGUUCCGAAGACUCCGUCUACGCCGGGGCGGAGGGGACGACCCCCCGUGCCGCCUGAGCUGAGAGGGCCCGGCAUUACCGACAUGAAGAAAUUUUGCAAGGCGGCAGGGAUACGGUUCGACUACAAGAAACUUGUCGAAGGUUGCACGAAAAACAAGGAGCGUGUUGCGAAAAUGCAAAAGCUAUUAGACGAGGCCGGUGUGGAGGGAACGCCAACGUUAGAGAAGUGCAGAGCAAUCAAAUUAGCUAAGAUGGAGAAGAAAGAACAAGAGAAACAGGCGAAGAGAGAAGCCAAGACUAAGCGUAAAGAAGACGAUGCAGGUUCGGAAGGUACGCGGCGAAUGACGCGCGGCGCUACGGGCGUGAAGCCGCGACAACGUAUCGUGAUCUCGUCGGACGAGGAGGACGGCACGCCGGCCGCUAGGCGCACUCUCUCCAAGCUACGGUCUAGUGUCAACGACGAGUCGGACUCAGAGUAAUCCAGAAUUGUGCAAUGUGAUGGUAGACAAUAUUGGGUGACUAACCCGCUAAGUGCUAAGGACUGUUCUAAUAAGAGACCUUCUAGAAAGUGCUUCGACGGAGGUUCGUUUAUUUUGUAUCGUCCAGAACAUGCGCUUAUAUUGCUCUGACACACCGACUCUUUAAUUUCGCGACACAAUACUAGUUGGUUAAGAGUGUAAUUAACGCGUAUUAUUAAAACAAGCGAACCGUGAAAGUGCGAGCGAGAUCGCAACAUCGGCAAUACUGCUCUGUCGCGCCUUCGACGAGUUUUAUCGAUAUCUUCUUACCUUACCUUCUGGCUAUUAUCUUAACAUAUUUGCAUCAGCGGUCUUUCUAUGUCACUCUUGUUGUGUUCCAAGUUAUUAUGACGUUAUGUUUAUUCCUAGUCAAGUUAUUAUCAUAACGAUAGAGACUUUCCGCUAUCUAUUGUAGUUAAUUAUAAUUUAACAAAGUGACAAUUUAAAUUGUGUAAAUAUGACAUUGAAUUUUAUAUGAGUAAAUUGACAUAAUUAUGUCUCUUUUCAUAUGUGUAUGUUCUGGACAUGAAAAUUAUUCCUAUUAAUAUUAGGUCGUCAAAAUUACUGUGUGUGCGAAUGUGUUGCGAAUUAUCAGUCGUUUCCUGGAGUGCAGAGGUGAUGAACCUUUAUUUGUGUAAUUAAUUUUAUUUGAAGGACACUGUCCAGAAAUAUAGUGAUAAUAUUUAUAGAUAUAUUAUAUAUUUCCCCAAUGCUUUAUAAAUAUAAGAAUACUUCGUGUAUGCCAACUGAUUUAAAAUUAUUCAGAGGAAUAGAAACAUACGAAUGUAUGACAAUAUUAUACUUAAUGAUAGAGAUAACUCUUGAGUAUUAAUGUACAUCGGGAUUAUCAUUAUAAACCUGUUAUUUUAAACAAUUUUGCCUCAGGAUUUUGGAUUGUAUUGUGUUUUUUUACGUUAACCAUUUAAAUAAUCGCGCUUGUAGAGUCUUGGGCCAGACAAAUUUAUAAUAAAGUGUAUUUUAGAAAUUUCUUUCGAUUUAUGGUGAAACAUGCUUGUUAAAUGCUUUCCACAUUCAUUAUUCCUGUUUCUAUUUCGUGCAUUACCAACAAUAUUCUUAGAAGUUUUCAAUGUGACCGUUAUUUAAAUGAAUACUUAAAUAUUAUUAACGUAUAAAGUAAUUUGCGCCUUUAAUUAAAUUUAUAUCUCAAAUGAAAAACUUCGUAUUAGAGAAUAAAUGAUAGCAAAUAAAUAAUUUCGUGCCGCAGGUUUUUCAACCCUGGAUUGUAUUUUGGCGCCUAUAAGAAGGGUUCAUAUCGAUAAUUUGUAAUCGAUUUAAAUAUUUUUAAAACAUUUUUAAUAUAACCUAAGAGUGAUUAUUAUUGAUAAGUGAUAUUAUAUUUUAUUACAAAACGUAGUUGUGAUUUGUAAAGCAUUUAUGUUUCGCUCUUAUUGAUUUUAAGUAUUUUAUGGUACUCAUUACUUUUGAUGUAUAAUAAUGCGGAAAUCAUGUGAACACUUUGGACUAAUAUAUUUUGUUACAUACCCUGUCGCCUAGAUCCACAAUAGUACCAUACACCACAAAUUCAAAUAUGUAUUACUAUCCAAUGUUGGAUUUUUAAAUUGCUUGUUCUUUUAUUAUAAUAUACCACCCCUUCGGAAAUAUAACGGGUGCAAAGAAACUCGGCAGGUAUUUUUCUAAAGACAAAUUGUAUAAUAACAAUUAGUUUAAUUUCACGAAAAUUCCAUUUCCAAGAUGUUUCUUCGUUUAUAAAGUAGCUCAAUUAUAAACAUACGUUUUGUUAACCGACUUCAAAAAAGGAGGAGCUUCUCAAUUUGUCGGAAUAUUUUUAUAUUUGUUACCUCAGAACUUGUGGCUGGGUGAACCGAUUUUGAUAAUUUUUUUAUUCGAUUCCAAAAAUAUCAAUAACCGUAACUAGAAUUAAAUUAAUUAAUGAGAUUGUAUAAAAAUACGCAAUUAUUUUUAUACUUUUUAGUGCAUUGUUUUUGAAGUCGGUUGUUUUUUAUUUAAAUUAAAAAAAAAGUCGAAUUAACGUACAAAUGAAUACGAAAACCUAAACACAUUGUUACGUGGCGGGGGAGAAAAAAUAAUAAAUAAACAGAUAAAAGCAAUUACCCGAGUAAUUACCCAUCACAAGCUUUCUGGUAUAUUAACAGUAUGAUAAUAUGUUGCAUUAUAAAAUUAAUGUUUUAUUUUGAGGUUAUUAUUAUACGGGUACUCACGAUAUAUAUUUUAUUAAUUUGAUGCCGAUAUUUCGAUCCAAUUGCAUGUAUCGUGGUCGCGGCGGAACUGCGGAGGCGGCGAGAAACACUUGACACUAAUAGUACAUCAAUCUGUCCACGUGGCGCUUGUGGUUUUUUUGUCGGUUGAAUUCUUGCUGCAGGCUUCAUCAUGCUCGCGUUAAAUAUCAAUGCUUGUGGGGGCGUGGUGGGGCGGGUCGUUUACAUCCCUAACAUAUUGUGGAGGGAGGCGUUUUAUAGUUAAUGUUGAUAUAAUGCUUCCGUAAUUUAUUUUAGUUAUUUAUGCAACUGUUGUGUAAUAAGGGGUAUUAAAACACGAAUGUGGAUUUAUCUCACGAGGCGAAGCCGAGUGUGAUAAUAGUAUCACAUGAGUGUUUUAAUACCUAAUUAUCAACAGUUGCAUACAAGACUUUAUCUGCACACAUAAUAUGAAUCCUCUAAAAGAUUCUGAAACAGUUAACUUACUGCUAACAAUGCUAAUAUUAAAACAGCCAGUCCUAGUAGUAACCUAAUAUCAUCCAUUACUGAUUAUUUACAAAUAAACUAAGUGUUAAUGAAACAAUUAUUUAUUUUAUUAUUAAUUUACAUUUUGCAUAGUGUAAUAAUUAAAAUUCACUUGAAUAUUAUGUUCUUUUGCAGCGUUUAAAAUGAAUCGCUCAUUUUUUAUAAACAAAACAAUAAAAAUGUCGAAGAAAUAUGGCGGGGCUUCGAAUAACCUACUUUUUUUUCGGCGCGCGACGUUCUGGUAGUGUGGAACGCGCGUAAACGUAAAUGUUCUUUUUUUGAAAUUCAUACAAAUACCACGCAUCGUGCAAUAAGAAUGUGGCUGUCUGUUAAAACUCUUUGAGCAUGAAGGGAUUGAAAAAAAAAUGGGAGUGUUGUUAUGAAAUUCAGUACAACAUUCCAACACUCGUUUGGAUGAUGUAAUGGUUAUUAGAACAUUGGGUGUUUUAAUGUUGGCAAUAACCUAACUGUUUCAGAAUCUUUAAUAGAGGAUUUAAAGCAGGGGUGUAGAUAAAUUAAUAUACGGUAUGUCUGAAUUCAUGCAUCUAUUAAAGUAUCAAUAACUCUUGUUUUAUAUUUGAAAUAGAUUAUAUAUUUUUUAAUUA